AUGGAUAUAUGUCGUUCUGCGGAAGUAACAAAAGCCCAAGUGGAAGCGCUGGGCGUUAAAGUGGAAGCACGGGAAUUCUCACCUUUGAUCAGCGAGGAGGUGUAUAGCGUGAAAGACAAACGGAAUAGUCGCAACCCACAACGCCGUACUGUACAGUUCGUAGAAUGUAAAUAUUGUGGCCGAAAGCACGAAAACGCCAGAGAGAAAUGUAAGACAUGCAACAGGUCUGGUCGAAUGAAUCAUUUUGCGCUAGUGUGCAGGCAAGAAAGUCGUGGAAAGGAGAGAAACAGUCCAUCAGGUGACAGAGAGAGAUCUAGAGCAGCCAAAUUGAAGAGAUGA